AUGUCCAUCCUCUCUCGCAUGGCUCCCCGUGUGAGCAUGACCGGCCGCCAGUCGUCCACCGCCCGCCUUUCGGCCGUCAAGCGUCACCUCUCCACUUCGCCGGUCGCCAUGGCCGAUGGCAAGACCUCUCCCACCGACUCGGUCCUCUACGAGGCUGACGGAGCCGCCCGCAUCUACAAGCUUAACCGCCCCAAGGCGCUUAACGCUCUCGACAUGGACAUGGUCCAGUCCCUCGCCAAGGAGGUUAACACCUGGAGGAACAGCGACCAGUGCAAGCUCGUUAUCGGUCGUGGUGACGAGCGCGCUUUCUGCGCUGGUGGUGACGUCAAAUCGCUCGUUGAGGGCCGCCCCACCCAGGGUGCCGCUCCUGCGCUCAAGUUCUUCCAGGAGGAGUUCGAGAUGAACUGGGAGAUGGGCCGCCUCGGCAAGCCCUACGUCGCGAUCAUUGACGGCUUCACCAUGGGUGGUGGUGCCGGUAUCUCGCUCCCGGCCAACAUCCGUAUUGCUACCAAGAAGACUGUCUUCGCCAUGCCCGAGACCAAGAUCGGCUACUCGCCCGACGUCGGCGGCAACUACUACAUUGCCCAGCUCGACGGCCAGAUCGGAGCCUGGCUCGCCAUCACCGGCCAGGAGACCUGGGGCCGUGCCUGCUACGAGCUCGGUAUCGCUACCCACUACGUCGCUCCCCAGGUACUCCCGGACAUUGUCCGCCAGCUCGGUGCCCUCGAGGACCCCACUGCCGAGCAGGUCUCGGCCCUCGUUGCCAGCUACCACGUUCCCGAGGAGGCUGGCCUCGAGCCCUCGUCGAAGGCUUCGCGUGAGGGCCCCUCGCCCGUCCGCGGUGCCAUCCGCAAGUUCCUUGACGAGGCGUUCGGCAAGAACUCGAUCCAGGAGAUCUACGCCGCCGUCAAGAAGGGCGAGUCUGACUCGUCGCUCCCCAAGGAGGUCCAGGAGUGGGCCGCCGUCCAGCGCAAGCACAUGGACGAGCGCUCUCCCACCGGCAUGGCCGUUGCGCUCGAGAACUUCCGCCUGACGCAGAAGGCCAAGCGCCUGAACACGACGCUCGAGAACGACAUCCGCAUGGCGACCGGCUUCGCGGGCACUGACCGACCGACGGAGGACUUCUCGAUCGGCGUCACGCACCUGCUCGUCGACAAGGCCAAGGGCCGUGCGAACUGGAACCCGUCCAGCCUCGAGGACAAGUUCUGCGAGCCGGCCAGCAUCAAGGCCAACUUCUUCGACCCCAAGGCCAAGCACCUCCAGGAGACGCCCAAGCUCACCUUCCGCCCCGAGCCCGAGACGCAGGAGGGCCACGACCACACCUGGGGCCAGUUCCGCCGCUACGGUCUCCCCUCCGAGUCGGCCGUGCGCGAGUGGGUCCAGGGCGAGAACCCCCAGGCCGGCGCGUUCAAGGUCAACGAGGAGGAGCUUAUCCAGCGCAUGCUCGAGAGCACUGGCGACGCCGCCGGACCCCGUGCCAAGGAGUUCGCCGCUCGCAUCAAGCAGGUCGUUGCCGAGCACUGCAAGACCGACAAGGACGGCUACCUCGACUGGAAGCAGUAA